GGUAUUUGUAACACAGCCAAUGUAUUUGGCGAGUGUAGAGUGCGUUAAAAGUGUUGCCUUUCAGACGGUGAUGUGAGAUCCACUCUCGGAGAUCACAAUGGCUCACAUCACAAUCAAUCAGUACCUUCAGCAGGUUCUGGAGGCCAUUGAUUCCAAGGACGGCAUCUUCUGCGGGGAGCUGAUGUCAUUCAAGCACCCACAUGUAGCUAAUCCACGUCUGCAGCUUGCCAGUCCGGAGGAUAAGUGUCAGCAGCUGCUGGAACCUCCUUAUGAUGAGAUGGUUGCUGCUCACCUAAGAUGCACGUACGCCGUGGCUAACCACGACUUUGUGGAUGCAUACAAAUGCCAGACAGUGGUGGUGCAAUCAUUCCUGAGAGCGUUCCAAGCUCACAAAGAAGAGAACUGGGCUCUGCCAGUGAUGUUUGCUGUUACCCUUGACCUGCGGAUAUUUGCCAAUAAUGCGGAUCAGCAGCUGCAGAAGAAGUCUAAGGGGAAGGUAGGAGACAUGUUGGAAAAAGCAGCAGAGCAGCUGAUGAGCUGCUUUCGAGUUUGUGCCAGUGACAACCGCGCUGGCAUCGAUGACUCCAAGAAAUGGGGGAUGUUGUUUCUCGUCAAUCAGCUGUUCAAGAUCUAUUUUAAGAUCAAUAAGCUGCACCUGUGUAAGCCUCUGAUCCGCGCCAUCGACAGCUCCAACCUGAAGGACGACUACAGCAUGGCACAGAGAGUCACCUACAAGUACUACGUGGGUCGCAAAGCCAUGUUUGACAGUGACUUUAAACUGGCGGAAGAGUACCUGUCCUUCUCCUUCCAGCACAGUCACAGAUCCUGCCAGAGGAACAAGCGGCUCAUCCUCAUCUACCUUCUGCCUGUAAAGAUGCUGCUAGGACACAUGCCAACAAACCAUCUGCUCAAGAAGUAUGACCUCAUGCAGUUUGCAGAAGUCACCAAGGCAGUGAGUGAGGGGAACCUCUUGCGCUUAAACGAGGCUCUGGCCAAGCACGAGACCUUCUUCAUCCGCUGUGGAAUCUUCCUCAUCCUCGAGAAACUGAAGAUCAUCACAUACAGGAACCUUUUCAAGAAAGUGUAUCACUUACUGAAGACUCACCAGCUCCCUUUAGAUGCUUUUUUGGUAGCACUGAAGAUGAUGCAGGUAGAGGAAGUGGACAUCGAUGAAGUUCAGUGCAUCCUGGCCAAUCUGAUAUACAUGGGUCACAUUAAAGGCUACAUCUCACACCAGCACCAGAAGUUGGUUGUCAGUAAGCAGAACCCUUUCCCACCGUUGUCGUCUGUAUCGUAAAGUACAAUUUGAACCACGACCAAACUACAGCGUCAGCUCCGUUCUACUGCUUUUUAAAUAAUUCUGGUAUUACUGUAGUU